AUGGACUUGUUAGUGUGCGCGGUGUUCAUUGCAUUUGUGUGCGUCUCUGCUGUCAGCACCCACAGCACAGAUUCCCUCCAUGAGGUAUUGUCAGAGUUCAGUGUGGUUCGUCCAGUCAGAACGGACGCUCAGGGCAACUUCCUGUCAGCAUCGGUCUCCGCUCCGCGAGGCAAAAGACACGCCCCCCGGAUCGAGAAGUCAUGGAGGGACACGGUGGAAUCCGACUCCGAUUCAGAGCUUUUCUACAACGUGACGGUGUUCGGGCGGGAUUUGCACCUGCGGUUACGCGCCAACCGUCGCCUGGUGGCCCCGCGCGCCACCAUGGAGUGGUGGGAGGAGUCGGGACGUAAGCGAUCAGAGCCAAUCGGAAACGCCGGUUGCUUCUACACAGGCAUCGUGUCCAACAUGGUUGACACGGCUGUUGCUCUUUGCAACUGUGACGGGCUGGCCGGGAUGAUCCGAACAAGUGAGGGGGAAUUUUUUAUUGAGCCGUUGCAUCGAUGGGAGCUGGGAGGCCAGGGCGAAGAUGUCGACGGCGGAGGAAGACAACAUAUUGUCUAUCCGUCUUCAGCUAUCAUCAGGUCCAAACAACCAAUCAAUCAAACUGCUGACUUCCAGCGAGGACCUCUGUUAGGUUCAUCAGAUCUGCUGAGGUCCAAAUCUGCUUCCAGUUGGCAGCGGCGGCGGAGAUACAUUGAAGAAGCUGAUGUGUUCAACAUAGAGGUCCUGUUAGCUGUGGAUUAUUCAGUGCUUCUUUUCCACGGACAAGAACAUGUCCAGAAAUAUCUUCUUACCCUGAUGAACAUCGUUAACGAGAUUUAUCAAGACCAAUCCCUGGGCGCAAACAUCAAUAUUGUUGUGGUGCGAAUCAUCAUGCUAUCUCCAUAUAAGUCCCAGGAGCUAAUUUCGGUGGGAAACGCCCAGAAGAGCCUGGAGAAUGUCUGUGGCUGGUCCUACAUCCAGCAUAUGGAUCAGAACUCCAAUCAGCAGCACGACCACCUGGUCUACCUAACCAGACGAGAGUUUGGACCUACCGGCAUGCAGGGCUACGCCCCAGUCACAGGAAUGUGUCAGAUGCACCAGAGUUGCGUCCUAGUCAUCGAAGAUGGUUUCUCAUCAGCGUUUGUCGCUGCCCACGAAAUCGGACAUGUGUUGGGAAUGGAGCAUGACGGUGAGGCAAACGAGUGCGACGAUGAUGUGUCCCUCGGCAGCAUCAUGUCGCCACAAGUGGAGGCCACCUUUUAUCGCUACCACUGGUCUCGAUGCAGCUGGAGCGAGCUGCACAAGUACCUGCACACAUACGACUGUCUCCGCGAUGACCCGUUCAGCCACCACUGGCCUGCUCCGCCGCUUUUGCCAGGAUUCGAGUACUCCAUGGAGCAGCAGUGCAGCUUUGAAUUUGGUCCAGGAUAUGGAACCUGUAGAGCUUAUCCCAACACGCAUCCGUGCCAGCAGAUUUGGUGCAGCGACCACAACCAUCCUUUUUUCUGUAGAGCCACGAAGGGUCCACCUCUGGAUGGAACGCCAUGCGGAAUUGGGAAGCAUUGCUUUAAAGGCUUCUGCAUAACACUGACAGCCAACCUUCUUAGACAAGAUGGUGGCUGGAGCUCAUGGAGCAACUACACCAGCUGCUCCAGGACGUGCGGGGGCGGCAUCCAGAUCCGUUCCAGAAAAUGUGACAGUCCGCCGCCAGCCAAUGGGGGACGCACCUGCUUUGGAAACAGUUUUGAAUUCCAACUGUGCAACCAGAAACACCAGUGUCCCCCAAUGACAGACUUCAGGGCGGAGCAGUGUAGCAUCUGGGAUGAUGUUUUAGAACACGAAGGAACAAAACAUCACUGGCUGCCUGUUGAACAUGCUGACCCUGACGAAAGAUGCAAUCUAUUCUGUCGCUCCAAUGAGACCGGGGCCCUGGUUUCCAUGAAGAGAGAAGUGCAGGAUGGGACGCUGUGCUCCUACAACGAUGCCUACAGCGUGUGUGUGCGAGGAGAGUGUGAGCAUGUGGGCUGUGACGGAGAGAUCGCGUCGGACCGCCAGGAAGACCGUUGCGGGGUCUGCGGAGGAGAUCAUUCCCGCUGUCAAGUGGUUAAAGGAAACUUCAGUCGUAGUGCCAACAAAACAGGUUACCUAAAGAUUCUGGACAUCCCCCGAGGGGCACGACAUCUUCUGGUACAGGAGUUCAAGAGGACCCCUCAUGUUCUCGCACUGAAGAACCAGGAGAGUGGUCGCCUGUUCCUGAACGACGAGGACGUGGAGCCAAAGUCCCGAGAGCUGAUUGAGAUGGGCGUAGCCUGGCAGUACACCCACAGCGAAGAGCGGGAGGUGGUCCAGACCGAGGGGCCGCUCAAGUACCCAGUGGUUCUUAUGCUACGUUCCCAAGGUGAUGCCAAGGUGAUGGUGUCUUACAAGUACGUCAUCCAUGAUAAACUUCGUGCAUCGCUGGAGUCCAACCUUGUGCAGGAGGAUGCCAUCUUCUACGAGUGGGCGCUCAAGCAGUGGUCUCAGUGUUCCAAGUCGUGCGGAGGAGGGAAACAAUACACCCGCUUCGGAUGCCGCCGAAAGGCAGACGGGGUGAUGGUUCAGAGAACGUUCUGCUCUAACAUCAGCAAACCGAGAGCUAUCACGCGCAGCUGCAACGUUGACAUCUGCAGCCCGCCACGCUGGAUGACGGGUGGCUGGCAGGCCUGCAGCGCCUCUUGUGGACAAAGCGGGUGGCAGCGUCGCUGGAUUGGCUGCCAGCUGGUGUCCGUUGGAGGGCGGCGACUUUCCGUCAACAGCGAUCUCUGCCAGGACCGCCGGCCGGACGCCAAGCGAACCUGCAACCGCUUCCUGUGCCCAGCGGUGUGGCGGGCUGGCCCCUGGACACCGUGCUCCGUUACGUGCGGCAAUGGCAUACAGGCGCGUCAAGUGGCCUGCAUUCGGCCCGAAGGAUCUUCGGGGAACUGCAGCCUUGUCCCACCAGUGGCUAAUCGCACUUGCCGAGCGCCACCGUGUGGCGGCAACUCGAAGAACUACAUGGUCCAAUGGCUGUCCAGGUCCAGUCCUGACAUCCUGUCGGCUAGAAAUGCCUCAAAGCAACGCUGUCGCGGUGACCGCUCCGCCUUUUGUCGCUUGGAGUCGCUAAGUCGCAACUGUGCUAACGCCGGCUACAGACAAAUGUGCUGCAAGUCCUGUAGCAACUUCAGCUUGUCUACCACCACAGUAACACCACAGCAAAGUCCCUCCCCCUCCAGCACCGCAUGGACAGCGACUUCACCCCCCAGCACCACCGACUUCAUCUACGUGGAUUACGAGGAUGAUGAGCAUUUGACCACAUGGGAAGCCGCCUCACUCAUCCCUACCACGCAGGGAACGCCAUUAUUCCUCACGGAGCCCCCGCCCACUGUCGCUACGCUAACUUAUCUUGCCAAAGCGACCACCACCGGUCAAACAUCACAACCCCCGUCCCGCGAGAUGACCGAAGAAGUCGUCACCCCCGUCGGACGUUCGUCUUCCUUCCCAACGACGACUGUGAUGAUGGCGAAGGACUCGGCGGGCGAGGUUUCCUAUGGCAUCGUGGGAUCGGACGCUGACGGGACCAGGGGUCCGCAGAGCCACUUUGUUCCCCAGAUGGCCCCCGUCCGGAAGAGGACGCAAAACAAACGCAUUCAGGAGCUUUUGAACAAGAAACUGCGGAGGCCUGGCCGCCGCCGCAAACAUGGCGCCUUGUAG